CCAGAUAUUGUCCACAAGGGGAUGUCACUGACUUCACUUGAAAUACAUCUUUUCUUCAUCCUUUUCAACGCCUGCAAGAAAGUUCAACCAACCUGUACAAGGUUCAAACAACCUGAAACCACUACAAACUCAUCAUUACUGGUUAGGCAGAUUCUGUGACAAAAACAGACAUACCAAGAAGAACAGAGAUACAGAAAGAAAGACAGCAAAGCAACACAAAGCGAAAUGCCGUAAAACACUACAUGUGAAGGCUGCGUUUGAUCCAAGGUGGUGAAAAAACAAGUUAAGAAGUACAAGGAAAGAGACAAACAGAUGAUGUUCAUCUGUAACCUGGUCGCUUGUCUUGUUUUGCUGUCGCUUCUUGUCAGUGGAAACACAAAUGAGUCAGAGCUCGGAUGCAUUACAUCUAUCAAAGUCCCAAGAAACAAGUUGGUUAAAGCUCUUGUUAUGACAGUGUUUAAGAUAAACUGUUCAGUAAAUAUACUGAAAUGUCAGGGGAUCCCAAAGAUGUCAUGGUGCAAACUCUAUGGAGAAGACUGUAAAGCCUUAAAUCAAUCAAACUACACAGAAACUGUAGAGUGGAAGAAUAUCACAUAUGGAAUUGCAUUCCUGACUUUCUUGAAUAUCUCAAUGGAGGAUGCAGGGUUAUACAGAUGUAAAAACCAGAACUCUGUAAGUCAUUCUAUUAAUGUCACUGUGUCAGCAGAUAGGGUGGAUUCAGAUUCAUGCAACGAAAGCAACACAAUAUUAGGUAAUACGAAUGUGGAAAGUUUGCAGUGGCUAUUGCCAUAUCUGUACAUCUGCGGAGGAGUAAUGGGGCUGGUGGUCAUAGUGAUAGCUGUAUCAUUAUUUAUCAUCAGAUGCAAAGGGAAAGGAUCAACAAGAAAUGUGAUGACAGUUAAAAAUCAGUGCAUAGAAACACAAAGAAGGGAUCUGACUACUACUUCUCAUCCUCAUCACAACACCCCCCCUCCUUCAGCCCAACUGACCACUGCUGUAUCAUGUGCCAAUGACACUCUACCUGUCAGAGCAGGAUCUCACAGAGACCGUACAUCAGCUGGAAGAGUCUCAGCCAAUACGAUCGUAUCAAAAGGUUGCCGUAACAAUGUCAGAACCCAAGAAGAAGAAGAAGAUAAUCCUCUAGUAUAUGCUUCUUUGAAUCACCAGGCUAUGUCAAGGGGGCCAAAACCAACAGUACAGCAAGAAACUGAGCCUUCAGAAUAUGCCGCAAUCAGAUUUCGGUGAUUCAAUACAUUUUCAGUUUACAGGAAUCACUAUAAAGGACACUGUUGGAGGAACAAGUCUAUGAACUUUUGGACAUCUCCGUUUCUUAUGAUAGUAGCUUGAUUCUAUUACCCCUAUGGUCUUUGGAGCUUACAUUGACAUUUACAAAAGAAAUAAAACAAUGAUUGUAGAUAUAAUUUUGCAGAUUGUGUCAGGUGUAACAUUUGUAGUAAACCACCAGUAAAUGAAACCAUUUUUUUAAACACUUUUUACAGUGGUGUUGUUCGAACACUUUUUAUAUUUAAUUCUAAUGCAGUGUGCUAUAUCAAGAUGGUGAUAUUUAUUUCUCAAUUUCAAAAGUAUUUCCUAAUACUCAAUAGCCUAUUGAUUAAGCAUUCAAAUGCUUCAAAUAGCAUCAGUUUUGUUAAUAAUAUAUUGUUUCAGAUUACUCAGUGACUCCAAGAUAUUUUAGAUUUGACUUUGAAAGACAUUUCUUUGUCCACAAGUGAUUAAAAAAUGAAAUACAGAAUAGAAAGUUUAAAUAAGAGAACCAUUUUUUUUUUCAAAAAUGUAUCGCAAAGCUUCAAUUAUUUGAGAUCUUACAAAACAUUAUAAGAUUUUAUAGGGAGAUACAAUUUUGUUUGGGUUAUAUUGUAACAUGUUCACACACAGUACAAACUAUGAAGCCCACAAUAGCAAGAUAACAUUUCCUGUAUGGGGGGAGAGACAGCAACUUACCAGAUAUGAUGGUGGGAUUUAUGUACCGCCCACACUGAAGAGUAUUGCAUACGACCUCCUAAUCAAGUCUGGUUUCACAGACAAGUUUUAGCUAAAAUCAGGACUAGGCCUUAGUUAAAUUAAGCAUCUUAAAUUGUUUAAGCAUCUUUUACAAACAUACCUUGGAAAAUGAUGUUACUGUUGUGUAUCUUAAGACAAAUCAACUGGCACUGGCAUAUUUUAAGAUAUGUACGUGUUUAUUUUCAGUUGCGACAGCUCAACGUGUUUUAGUCCAGGACUAGCCUUAAGAAACCGGGGGUAUAUGUAUUAAAGGUUGAUAAGUAAGAUACUGCUGCUUUCAUUGUACAGUGUACAUGUGUAAGUUUAUCAAUUUUUUUUAAUCACAUCCCACCUGAAUAUUUAUAAUACAAAUGUGUAGAGUAAAUUAGUUUGUGGCUGUUAAACAGUGUUGGCGUGUCUGGUGUUAGACUGAUUUCACCUGAGAAAUGUGACUAAUUUCUUUAAAGGGAAGUUCCAAAAAAUGUUUGAGUAGGCUAUAUAAUCACACUCUUUACCUUCAUAUGCACUGGUUUGAGAACUUGUACUACUGUACUUCCAAGUAUUAGAAGAGCACGUUACUGUUAUUCUUACCACAAAUCCCUGUUUUUCUAGUUAUAAAAAAGACAGUACUGCUAGUGGCGUGGUGGUAAAAAAAACAUUUUAUAGCAAAAAUAUUUGUUAUGUUAUGUGUAAAUCAUUCUUCGAAAAGUAAAAAUUAAAACAUAAAAAAUAACAUAUACUUUGACAUAUGAUAAACAGAAAAGGAAAGUCCAUAAACAAAGAGGAGUGCGAUCUAUAUCAAAAGUAACAAUCAUUGUUUGGUAUGGCAACCAGUUGCUUUGAGUACUUGUUAGCAGCUGGAAUACAUGAUCAAAAAUGUCUAAAUUGUGCCAUGUAAAUACAACUAUUCUGGCUAUACACCAAUAUACUUUGGUAUAUAUUAGUGUAAAGGCAGAAUAUAUACUAACAAUAUACUUAAAGGAACAAUAUGUA